ACCGGAAACUUUACAUAUUGUUUGUGGUAUACUAUAAAUUUUUUUUUUAUAUCUACGUCAUGUCAUGGCUGGCAUGAAGCUUGAUUCCUUUUCUUCGGAAAGUGAGCUUGGUUUUCUUUCAAAGUGAUAUUCACCGUAAAAGUAAACUUUUAUUUACACAUCAAUGAAUAUAAUGUGUUGAUUAUUAUAUAUGUUUGUAGUUUGUAGGUAAUCAGUAGAAUACAGUAUGUCUCUGCUUCAUUAGGGAAAGUAAAUACAGUCAUAACAAAAUGAACGACGGGGAUUGGAUUUGCAACGACCCCAACUGCGGAAAUAUCAAUUUUGCUCGUCGAGCAGCGUGUUAUCGCUGCAAUAAAGAGCGACCAGAUAGUAAAAAUUGCAAAAAGAAGCUUGGCACAGAGAUUGGGAAGUCUGCCGCUGAAAAGUCUCGCGGCUUGUUCAAUGCAGAUGAUUGGCAAUGCAAUAAAUGUGCGAAUGUAAAUUGGGCCCGGCGUCAAACUUGUAAUGUUUGUAAUGCCCCCAAAUUUGGAGAAGUCGAAGCUCGGACCGGUUACGGCGGAGGUUACAAUGAGAGAGGAGUUGUGGAGUACCGACGGCGCGAACCAUCUUCAGAUGAUGAAUAUGAUGAAUUUGGAAGAAAGAAACGCAAGCGCAAGGCAGACUCACUUGAUAAGGUUGGCAUCACUGAAGGGCCGGCAUUCAAAAAGUUGCCACCACCGAUGCAGAAGGAUAAGAUGGAUAGAAUAGCAGCUUCAAAAAUGCAAUCUUCUCAAAAUGAUCGUAAUGUCAGUGGCAGCCUUAGUGAUGGCUCUGUUUGUGAUAUUCCCCUACCCAAUAAUGUCGCAUUCCGGAGAAAUCAGCAGCAAACAAAUUAUCACAAACAAAACUAUAUGAUUCCCGCAUUUAAUGGAGGGCAAACACGUAAACGUUUCUCAAGUGCAAGUGACAAAGAUCAGUUAUGCUCUUCUGGAUAUGAAACAUCAUCCAAAAAUAGUCUCAAAUCUCCAGGUGUAAAGAGUUACAAUCCAGUGAUGGAAAACAGGGUAUCUUCCACUAACAAUGAUGUUGUCUACAAAUUUACAGGUCCAACACCAGCAGAAAGCUUUCAAGUUACUUAUACAUUGGAGGAAAGAGUAAACGCAGCAGCUUUUGCUCUUGUUUAUAAAAACUGUAAAAUAAGUACAGAUAAAUUUGAAGCUAUGUUUGAUAAACCAGCACCUGACUUCAAAACAAUUUUCGCAUGGAGACAACGACUCUUGAGUACUGGAUGUUUGGUUGAUAGUCACUUGGAUUUAAAAAAAGAUGUUGAGACGCAACCUUCUCUUACUUCGGCUUCUAAUGUAAACACUGCUCCAGUACAAAAGCCAAUAAUAAGGCUACCUAAUCCUGAUGAGAUAGUAAUCAAUUCUAGUAGUGAUGAUGAAGAUGAUGCUGCUAAAGAUACUGCAAAUAAACCUAUGGCUGUAAGGCAGAGAAGUGCAAGUGUUGAAACCUUAUUGAUUGGAGGUGAUAGUGAACAACGCCUAGGUGGGUCAAUUAGUGGUAGAGACUCUCAUGUUAGGAGCAGAUCUCAAUCAUCUCAUCAAAGGAGCAGGUCAAGUUCACAAGAUAGUCGCAGAUCAUUUGAUAGUGACUGCAUAGAAAGUAAACAAGGUUCCCAAAGCAAUUCUGCAAAAUUAUCAAAACAAGGAAACCAGCAUUCGAGGCAUUCAACUGAUUCAGAUUCAGAUUCUCUUUCAUAUGACAGUGAAGAUAAUAACUUCUUGACAAGAGUGUUUGAAAAAGGCAGAAAAUUAAGGCGAAAGCCCAAGAAAAGACCAACCCAAAAAGAUGCAAAUGUUCCUGAAAGUAUUCCAUCCUACAGCACAGGAUACACCACUGCUAAACCUGUACAGCAGUCUUCCUUAGUGACUGGAAAUAUUUACAUGUCCAAUUUGCGUAACAUGAAUAUUAAAAGUCAAGAACACACUGCAAUUGACACUGAUGGUUGUUCAAGUGAAUAUGUACCGGCUCAGUUGGGUUCAUCAACGAAAAAUUAUCAAGCAUUCAAAGACAAUGUCAGAAGGAAGGGUUUCUGGGCGAAAGGCAAUGCAGCCACUAUUGGGAACAAUAGACCGUUUAUGAAUAACCGUCCACCUCCACCUAAGCCUCAAGCACCUAUCCAACAGCCACCACCUGUCAAACAUCUGCCUCUGCAGCAACCAUCAUUACCUCUGUUGCCAAUGCAGCAACUUCCUAUACAACAGCAAUCUAUGCAACAGUUGCCUAUUCACCAGCCACAUGUUCAACAGACUUAUCAAAACCAAUUAGCUACUCAACCACCAUUUAUUCUACCACCCCUUAAUCAACCACCACCGCCGUUAAUGCAAAAGAUAGUUAAACCCGUUGAAAAGACAGAGAUGGAGAAUUUUAACACCCAUCCAAAAGGUUAUAUGUCUGCUUCUCAGAAACCUGCUCCUGCAAGAAAAAGCGAAGAUUUCACGAAAGAUGACUUAGAUAAUUUUGUAACUGUAAAUAAUUAUCUACCAUUUGAUAAAAAUACUGCUAUUCAAGCAGCUUCGACGCCUACACAGGUACACGUCGAAUUAGAAAAGCCCAAAGAAAACACGUCACGCGUCUUUGACGCUGUGCAAUCUCAUUCAACAUUCAAAAAUAGGAGUAUAUUGGAUAUAUUUGAUACAAGUGGUGGUAAUAAUAAUAGUCCUGAAAGGAAUGAUCUCGAAAAAUAUGAUAGUGUUAGGAAGAAGUAUGAAACUGAAUGGGAUGAAGAUGACGAUGCUCUCUACAAAGUAGAUUCGCCUGAACCACGGUCGCCACAAACGCCGGACAAUAGCACAUUAAAAAAUAUUACUUCCGUAAAAUCAUUGUAUGAGUCAAACAAGGAAAUAGCAGAAAAUAAUAUGAUUUUGAAUAAUCUAACAACAGAUGUAAUUAAAGAUAAACAAGAAAUGUUGAUGAAUAUUAUAAAAAAAUUUAAACCUCCAAAUAAUGAAACUGCACCUAAAUUACUAAAUAGUUCCCCCCAGAAAAAUGUAACCGAGAAUAUAGACCACAUGCAUAUUUCAUCCCAAAAUUCUUUUUUUGACUCACCAUCUUUGAAGAUAAACAAACCGGUUCCAAUACCGAUGGAUAUUUCUGAUGAGAUAAUAUCAAUGUCAGGGUUGAAACAAGAAUCGCCUAAGAAAUAUGAUAAAUCGAUAACCCCUUCUAAAAAAGUACACAUUAUAGAAUCAAUAACUAUUAAACCAAGUAGUUCUCAAAGUAUUCCUGGUUUAGAUCCGCCAAUCCACAAUAUACCAUUACCCCCAAAUAGCCCUGCAAACAAACAAAAAAAUUGUAAUGUUUACCAUUCUACAACAACAAAUCAAUUUGUUAAAAUUCCACAACAACUUUUUGUAGAAUCUGACAAUGAGAAUCAAUUUGAAACUAUGCCUGAACAACUUGACUUGACUAAUCUUGAUAAAAAUGUUUACGAAUCGUCGCUUCACACUAGAUUAUCGUCACAGGACGCCAAUGUUGUCGAAAACGAGUCGAAACCGCAAAAUUUACAAUUGCAAUCGUCAGUACCAGAUCUUACAAAUUUGCUAGCAGGAAUCAACACAAACACUCUUUUAUUGGCUCUUCAGAAUUUGACACAAAUUUCCCAAAACAACAUCAGCACAAACGAUUCUAAUACAGUGCACAAUAUUAGCGAUCAGUCAGAUAACAUUGAAACUAUUAAUUUAGCGACUGCCGAUGAAUGGGAGAAAGAGUCUCAUCGUGGUAGCAUUGAGAGAGAAUUAGCAAAAAUGGAUGGGAAUACUGGAGAUACUCCUUUUUUAAGUGAUAUAUUUGAUCCUGGCCCAGUAAGUGUGCCCCCGAAUGUAGCAAAAAGAUUGAACUUAAAUAGUAGUAACCCUGAAGAAAAUAAAAACGAUUUACAUAAAAUGCAUUUGAAUGAAAAUGCCCCUGUGAUUGGCAAUUUCAAAAGUUUUGCAUUGCCCAAGCCAAUAAUGCUGAACAGGCUCAAACUGACCGUGAAACCUCCAGAGAAGAAAAAACCUGGAAAAGCAAAGAAAAAUAGGAAACGAAAGAGCAAGCCAUCUUCAUCGCAAGGCGACGAGGAAGAUGAGGAACAAGAUGAAGAAUCCGGUGACGAGGCUGACCUCUCUAAAUAUGAUUUGUGGGGCAGUGAUGAAGAGAAGGGCAAUUCUUCGAAAGCUGAAAAUGCAGAUAAGUCGAAGGAUGGCGAAAGUUCUAAGGAUGAAGGUGCAGAAUCCAAUGAAAAAAAUGGAAAAUCCCCCGAAGCAAAAAACAGCAAGAAAAAGUCCCGAAGCUCGUCCUCUUCGUCUUCGUCAUCGUCGAGUUCCAGUUCUAGUCACAGCUCCAAUCAAACUCCAAAAAACAAGUUCGACGAUUUCAACCUGAAUAGCGAGCGGGAGUCGUCGCCGAAGGGCCGCAAGUCGCGGUCGCGGUCGCCGCGCUCGCGCUCCGGCGGCCCCGCCCGCCGCAAGUCCAGAGAUAGCCGCUCCGCCGGAGAAGCCAGGAGUCACGAAUCGUCUCGCGAUAAAGAGCGGUCGCGCGACAAGGAGCGGCGCGACAAAUCGCGCGGCGCCCGCGACGACCGCAAGGAGCGGCGGUAUAGCCGCGACGGGAACGGGUUCGGGGCGAAGGCGCGACAUCGUUAACAACCGCUAGGAUAGUUUUCACAUGGACUACGACAUGAAAUAUGCGUAACAAAUCGUUUUAAUUGCAAACAAUAGAUAGGAUUUGGUUUGAAAUUACAUAUCCUAUAACACAUGUCUUUGUCACAUCGACGAUCAUAAUGCCUGCAGCUUGUACGUAAAUCUCCUGAAGAAUUUAUAGACAGGUGAGCGUAACCACGUGAGAUAGAAUUGAUUCAUACAAAUGCUAUGACUGUUGCUACCAUGCGUUUCUCUUGUGUAAGCGAAAUUGAAGAUAUGAUGUCUAUGGUUAGUUUUCUUUGUCUACAAUUGUAGCUAUUCAAUAUUUUGUUUCAGUAACAGGCAAUAAUUAUAGUGUGCGAUAUUUGGAUGAUAUUUUAAGAUAAUAAUUACUUAGAGUAACAACUGCUGCCGCUUAUUUGAGCUAAUUUCCUGAUUCUUAUUGACCCAGGGUUUAUUCUGAAAGCGGUUAUUGUAUUAAAUCUCUUGAUUCGUCUCUUGCUUUGAUAUAUCAAUGUUCCUAACCUGUUGUAUAGUUUUAUUUCUGUACUAUAUUUCGUUAAAAAGUCAUUAAAUGACUCCUGUCCGUGUUUUGUCAAAUUGUUUUCUACUUUUUUAUUGCGGUGACUAGGUUAAUUAAAUGUAAACAGCUAUUUUAAUUCAAACGAAAUAGGGUAUGUAAUAAUUAUUUUAUACUUCUUGGAAAAACAAUGAUGUUUAGUGAUAUCAAAUGGAUUGUAUUAUGUGAACCUGCUGCUUUUGUUGGUUGUGUUUAGGCGUCCGAAGUUUGCGCGGAAUGUCCGAAGCUAAACCUUCAGAAUAAAUCUGCAUAUAUGAAGACAUUGAUUUAACUCUACCAAUUUGGGUACCGUUGCUUAGUUAGCGCCACUUUCGAGCGAGCUCCUUUCAACAUAGCGAAAUGGUAAUAACUGGCGGAAAAAUUUUCCUUGGUCGUUGACCUUCACACUUGCGUCCCUGCGAAAUCAAGCGAGUUAGCCCUCAUUAAUUAGCGAUAUUCAUAGACGAUUAUUCUAUGAGAAUUUUCGCAAAUAUGCUUCAAUUCGCAUUCUGCUGUCACUAUGAAAUAGGCUUUAAGAGGAGGCCAGAUCGCCUGUGGACCGAAAAGUCACAGGUUCGAAUUCUACUUAUGCCACAUGAGUUUGAAUACCAAUCUGACUCACGUUAGUUUAGUUAGGUAAUCUGAUCACCACUUGCAGCAACUAAUGUGCAAAAUAGCCUCGGCAAUGGUAAUUUAAUUUUGUGUGUGUAUUUCAUUCCACAUAAUGACCACGAUCCUCGAGUCAUGAGAAAUACGACUAUGAAGAGAUCGCUUGGGUAUUGACUGACUCUGUCACACGAAGUGUUUAUUUACAGUCACAUGGUAUGACUAUGCUUACGUGUGAGAUCUAUGAGACUGAAUGUGGUAGAGGUCCCGUGGGGUCUAUGCGCUAUUGUAGGUUUCUGCGCUUACUUUAUCGUGCAUCGAUUUAAUUGCAUUGUGCUUCGCAAACAGUAGAUAGGAUUUGGUUUGAUCUCGCUUUGCUAGUAGUUUCUCGCAGCGUUCACGUCUAUUUUGCAUUUAAGAAUAACAUUGUAUUAUAUAUAUGUGUUAUAUGUUAUACAUUCACAUACCGUGGUUUCCUUUGGUCUAUAUCGUACAAAUUCAUGUAAUCCGAAUCUGUUUUAACAUAUGUCUUCUAUCUGAAAAUGUGUUUAUCUUAAAUGGCUCUUGUGAUCGAAAAAUGUAUCUUGUAAAUAUUUGAAAUUUAUGUGUAGUGUAUUGAUAAGACUAGGUUCUUAGUUUAAGUAUGUAACUUCAGGAUAUGAAAAGACAUAAUAUCGUUUCUUAUAUUAGUGAUGUGAUGACAUACUAAGCUAACAUUGUAUGGUAGUAGAUUUACCAUUAAAAUCAAUACUUCGAAA